AAAUAGAAUAAUGCAACUGAAUCUUUCUUACGUGCUUCUGACCCUUUUGCUGCUUUGCUCCGUUGCGAUGCUUCUGCUUUCUCUCGCUAUUAGAGAUUGGGCUCAUUCAGAAGUGUGGAAAGUUCGCGAUGACGCAUCAAACGAAGCUCCCGUUCGUAGUGGGGAUGUUGAGAUGGGAUUAUUGAAAAUGUGUAGCGAUGCAGAUUUUGGACUAGGAGUAAGAAGCGACUGCCUCAAAUUGAGAGAUGCCUUACGACAGGAGGAGGACUUUGUGCUGGCCACUCUAUCUCUCUCCUUCCUCUCUCUCGCACUUCUCCUUCUAGCUGUCCAGAUGGCACUCAGUCUCUACAACAUGCUUGCAGUCCCCACCGAGAACUGGCUCAGAGACUAUGGCAUAGUGGUCGUGUCCAUUAUGGAAGCUGUGUCGAUAUCUCUCGUUGUCAUUCUGUUCGCAACCUGUUUCAUCCGAAUGAGACAGGACGGGACAAUGCUGCCAUCUGAGCUACAGGCGAGCAACAGUGAGCAGUUCAACUCACAAAACGAGAGACUUGGUUACGCCUUCUACCUCAUGUUUGUCGAACUGGUCCUGAUCUGUGUGAGAACAGUGAUGGUCAUGAUGUUCGGAUCUUCUGUGAGAUCAACUAGGAAAGCUAAUGCUGGUGUUGUUUAUACGAUCAAAGCAGCCACCCCAUUGUCCGAUAAGAAUUUGAUGUACUAAACGUCAAACAAAAUCAAAACUGGUUGGUGUAAUCAGUUAAACUUAGUUCAUCUGUGGCUAAAUCAUUUAAACACCUCACACCUCCUCCAAGCAGAUCAGGAACAGAUAUUUAUUUCCAUCUUCUAUUUAAUUUCGAUUGAAAAUUGUGAUUUAAUUGCAUCUCAAAAAAAAGUUGAGUCCCACCCGCCCCUCCCAAAUUGAAUUGGAGGAGGAUGUUCACUCAAUUUAGUUUGGUUGACCGUUGAUGUUCGAAGGACCAAAUAACUGGCUGGUCGGAACCGUGGCAAAAGUAUCAUGCUUUGUAGAGAUAAUAAUGAACUUGAUAGCCAAGCAUUGCGUUAUAUUAUACAAAGCUUCUGGAAAUGCCUAAUCGUGGCAAGUUAUAAUACAAUCAUUUUUGGUUGAUGUUGUACCUUGGAGCCUUGGUUGAUUUUCGCUCAAGUUAAAAUCGAUUUGCAUGUCUGUUAUAGCUAACGAACUUGCAUAGCGUAUGAAAAUUGUUGUGGCUUUAAAGAGUUGUGCUAAAUUGGGAACAGUUUAUAAAUUUGAAAGAAGUGAAAUUAAGAAUCAACCUUCAUCAGUAGAAUACUUUAUCUGUAAAAAUCGUCAUCUCUAGAAACUUCCUUGCAUAUUUAACCAGUGCAAUUGAACCAAUUCUGUGCAAUAAGAAAAUAAAUAGUCUCUAUCGAGAUAAAGCUGUAAAUAUGUCAUUAUGUAUAAUAAUUAGUUAAAUUUAGAAUUUUAUUUUUAUCUUUUUUGUAAAUUACACAUUUAUACGAACAAUGUUUAAAAAGACUAGCUGAUGUGAUGUUUUAAAAAGCAGAUAAUUAUGCGAUUAACUGUUAAUGAUCAUUUUUGUAUAAUUUAAAAUGUGCACCGUU